AUGUCUUCUAUGCAACGACGACAACAACAAGCACGACAACAACAACAACAACAACGACGACAACAACAACAACAACAACAACGACAACAACCACGACAACAACCACAACAACAACAUCAACAACAACCACGACAACAACAACAACAACAACGACGACAACAACAACAACAACAACCACGACAACAACGACAACAACAAGCACCUCCACAACGACAACAACAAGCACCUCCACAACGACAACAACAAGCACCUCCGCAACGACAACAACAAGCACGACAACAACGACAACAACAAGCACUACAACAACGGCAAGUAUGCUUAUGUGUUGGAUGUUUUACUAACCGAGGAUAUAAGCGAGCAUACGAGGGAUGGGCAGUCAUUGUGUUUUUCUAUUGGUAUAGACUUCAGUGUCUUAUACUUCAUUUUUGA